ACGGCAUGGAACUAUAAGAAGGCCUACAAUAAGAACUUCGAUCUUUUUAGGGUUUCAUACGCUGCCUCUUCCACGCAGUCCGCCAAGCGAAAAUGGGUAAAGGCACGGGCUCUUUCGGUAAGCGGAGGAACAAGACUCACACGCUUUGCGUGAGGUGCGGCAGAAGGAGCUUUCACCUCCAGAAGAGCACAUGCUCCUCCUGCGGCUAUCCGGCCGCUCGCAUCCGCAAGUACAACUGGAGUAUCAAAGCAAUCAGGCGGAAGACUACUGGCACAGGCAGGAUGAGGUACCUUCGCCAUUUACCUCGAAGGUUCAAAAGCAACUUUAGAGAAGGAACCCAAGCUGCACCGAGGAAGAGGGCAGCCGCUGCUGCUCCCACUGCUUUUUAAACAGUUCCAGUUUCAAUGUUUGCUCUGCUUUCUAGCAGUCAUCUGCGUUUUGUUAGUUGUUUUUUGUGAACUAUCUUCAAUUUUAAAAUUACUUGAAAUAUUCCCUAUUUAGUGUAAACUUUUGCUAUGUUCGAUGAAGAUUGCAAUAUUUAAGACCUUACUAGCACUUAUUUCUAA